CGCGCCUCCCUCCGAUGUGUACCGUGUUCGAAUAUGAUGUCGAAUAUGCACCCGCAGCUAGCGAAUGAAUGGACUACGGAAGAGUGAACGAGAAGGGUGCGGAGCAGGGGCGAGUGUUCUCUUCAACACACAUCGCAUCGCGAAGCAGCAGCCAUCGGCAGCAGCAAGUUUAUUCGAGCGCCGCGAGAAAAGACCCGCCGAACUGGACUCAAGUUGCAGCUCUGGCAUCGUUUGACGGACAUUUUUGCACUGAAAGUACAAUCUUUGCCGUGGAUUUGUGCGACCGUACGUGAUCCGAUUGGAACAAUAAAAGUGCCUGGUGAAAGUGCGAAAUUUUCGCUACAAGUGAACGUUGAAAUAUUGAAAAUCGGUCCCGAUUCACCGGGACUAGAACGUCUCGGAAUUUUCGUCUUGCGGGGUGCGCUUUUUGCGGAUCGCCAUUUUGAACAUUCGGUUUUGUGUGUUCUUGCUUUUGGAUUUCUGUGGUGUGGUUCAGGAAAAUUGUGAACUAAAUCGGAAAUAUUUUUACCGAGGAAAAAUUGCUCCUGUUUUUCGUUAGGGGUAGGUCACUUGCGGAGGGUCCAUCAGAAUGGCCCACCAGAACAAACCGGUCAGCAUCGUGAUACAGGAUCCGAAUGGUCAGCAGCAAAUCCUACAGGUAAGGCAAACGGCUUCGACCACCGGCCGGCCGUUGACGUCGGCCAGCGUGAAAUCGAUCGUGAAGGAGGUGACCGGUCAGGAAACGAGUACAAUUAUAGCAGGACAGAAUUUUGCCACCCCUGUAAUGCAGAAACUGGCACCUGGUCAGAAAAUAAUCACAAUGAACAAUCCAAAACUGCACAUUGUAAACUCAUCUGCAUCUAAAAGCGCCAACGGCAAACCACUGGUACGAUUGUCACCUUCACAGUUGGGUCAACUGAAGCUCAUCGCAGCUCCCGGUCAGCUCGGUGGCACACCCAUCUCCGGUAGAAACCUAACCGCCAUGCUAGCGCCUUCGACCUCGGUCUCCCCGUCCACAUCAGCAGCUACAGUGGUAGCUCCGACAGCAUCCUCAUCCUAUGUCAGCACAAAUCAGGUGACAAGCGGUUCCAUCGUGACCAUGCCUGUGACCCGACUCCCACCACCACCGCCGGCACCGGCGCGUGGCUCGAAGGGAUCUCAACAGGCUCAUGCCAAUCAGCACCACAACCAGACACAGUACAAUUACGGUAAGAAGGCCGCGGCCAGUCAGAUUCACACGCCGGCGUCCCGGCGGAGGAAGACGGACAAAAUUGGUCGCGGACUUCGGCACUUUUCCAUGAAGGUGUGUGAGAAGGUGAAGGAAAAGGGAACCACCACCUAUAACGAAGUGGCAGAUGAACUGGUCGCCGAGGAAACUCAGAGCCACCCGGGGGUGGACCCAGCAUCCUACGAUCAGAAGAACAUCCGCCGGCGGGUGUACGACGCAUUAAACGUCCUGAUGGCGAUGAACAUCAUUUCCAAGGAGAAGAAGGAAAUCCGCUGGCACGGUCUGCCCACCAGCAGCGUCCAGGAGUGUGACGAUCUAGAGAAGGAGAACGAGCAGGCCCGCAAACGGAUCGAACUGAAGCAGCAACAGCUGAGAGAGCUGAUCCUGCAGCAUGUAGCGUUCAAGUCGCUGGUCGCACGGAACCAGGAGAACGAGGACCGGGGUCUCAUACCGAACCCCAACUCCGCCAUUCAGUUGCCAUUCAUUAUUGUAAAUACGGAAAAGAAGACUCACAUCAACUGUAGUAUUUCGAACGAUAAAUCGGAAUUUUCGUUCAAAUUCGACAACACCUUUGAGAUUCAUGACGAUCUGGAGGUAUUGAAAAGAAUGGGGUUAUUGCUAGGCCUCGAUAAGGGAAAGUGUACCGUUGAAGAUAUUUCGAAGAUCAAGUCGAUGGUUCCGAAGUCGCUGGAGAAGUACAUUGAAGUGUACGGCCUUGGCAUCGAGAACGACACGGAAGACUGGGACAUGGCAUCCGCUUACACAGGCCACGACUACGACGAUAGCGUGCAGGACGCGGCUGAUUUGAUGUCCAGCGGCUAUCAGGAUAACACCAGCGAGCUCAACGAGGACAGUUUGAUUUCCGAGGACGGACAGGAUGGUUAGAUUCGCGCAACACAAUCCGAAAUGGAUGAUGAUGUUAGACGGGAUUUCGGUUGUUAUAUUUUUUUUUUUAAAUAUUUUUGUUCGAUCUGCUAAGUUCUCUAGCGCACCUGAAUCCUUGCAGGAAGGACGGAAGGAAUGCAUCUUCUAGGUCUUAAUCUAAAUGUAUGUAAAGGAGAAACGGUGGUUUAAGUGCACACGUUAAAUAGAUUUCGUGUCGCAUGCCAACAGCAUGCAUCACUGGGAACCACAGAGGUGUGUUUAGCAUAAAACUGAGAGUGCAGGGGUUAAUGGUAAGACAAAUAAAAUAGCAGCAGAAACGCUAUUUUUCAAUCUUCUGCGAGGUUUUCAAUCCUCAUCAGCAGUAAGCAAACGUUACUCUUAAGAACGUUCAAUGUGUAGCACAUACACGGACACACACACAAAUCGUUAUUGUUAAAAAUGCAAGCAACUCUUAGGAAGUAUGAAAGGAGCUAAUUUGAUGUGCAAAAGUGAGCAGGUAACCGUAAAAACAAGAGCAGGAAUGUUUUCGUUCAGAAAAAACCGAAUGAUUGAGGGAAGAUGAAAAACUAAACCCUUCAAAAAAUGACCUGGAAUGAGACAAGAAUGAAACAGUAACCUAGUUAAUUAAAAAUGCACCGGAGAGUACAGAAAACACUUUCACCUUACUUGAUGCUUAAAAUAGCAAAACCAAUAUCAGAAACCAGUCUAAGCUCCAGCGAGACUAGCAACUGGAAUAGGUUCACGUUUCGUCAUACAAAUAACUAAGCGCUAAAGGAGCGAGGAAUUAAUGUUUCAGCUCCUACAAAACAUCCCAUUUACACAAGCAAACAUCUCAGGCUUUUAUUUCUGUCUACAAAACCAAUUAAUCAAAACUAGAUUUUUGCAUCAUCGUUCACUACGUAGCUACUAGCUAUAAUAAUACAAGCAAAUAGUAAGUAGGAAUUAUAUACCAAGCCAUAAGUGUCAUAUUUUCUAGCAGCGUGUUAUUUUCUACUGUUUUUUCAUCUUUGUUUUUUCCAAAGCUAUUUUAUUAUACGAGAAUAAAAAAGACAUUUUUCCCCU